GCAGUGCCUGCAUUCCGUGUCUGGCUCUCGAUCCACCAUGUUGCGUCUCAGCUCGCUGCAGGCUAUCGCCUACGCCAUCGCCAUCGCUAUCGUCCUGAUCUCGGCAUCCGCUACCGCCGAGGUGGUCAACUUCGAGCCCUGUGCGGACAGCGUGGACACCUGCACGAUCCAGCAGGUGAGGGUGUCCCCCUGCCCCGAGGCCCUCUCCAGUGCGGCUUGCCACAUCCGGCGCAAGCACAACAGCGAGAUGAGCUUCGACUUCACGCCCCACUUCGAUGCCGACACCCUGAACGCCACCUUGGGCUGGGCCAAGAGCGAGACCGUGGAGCUGCCCCUGCUCACCAUGGACCGCGAAGCCUGCAAGUACACGCCCUGUCCCGUGCGCUCCGGAGUGAAGCAGACGUACACCGCCCUGGUGCCCAUCGAGGCCAAGUUCCCCCUGAGUCCCUACACCAUUCGCUGGGCUCUCAAGGAUCCGGUUUCGCAGAAGCGCUGCUGCUUCACCAUCGACAUCAAGGUGGUGCGCUGAUCCGUCUCCAUCGCUGCUUGUGCUGUAAAUUCAAUAGUGAAAUUAACCUUUUUUCCCUUUUAAAAUAAAUAAACGCGACGUUUAAAUGAUGCACAUGUA